AUGGAUCGUCUACGUGGGAUAGCUGCCCGGUUCGCAGAUCCGAUAAUUGUUCGUGCCUGUAUCAGGGGUAGAAGUGGUCCAGGUCUCCGUAAUCCAUCAAGACAAGAUGGGGCUGAGCCGGCGGACGGGAGGGGACCAUGCUUAUACGAGUUACAGGGACCCCCUCCUCGUGGCCAUUGUGGAAUUCCAGCGGCCAGUGCCCAGCACACAAUCGAAGCAGCUGUGCUGACUGGCGACUGUGUAGAACAAUCCCGAGUCCACCUGACAGCGAAGGCGUCGAAAUUGGAUCUGCACGACGUGCGACCUGACGUUAUUUACCAGGCACAUACGGUAACCAUAGGCCGGCCGACAGCGGAGUGGGUCGGGGUCGAGGAGGUACAGAAUGCCCGACCCUGGGCCGCUAUUGGAAGCCCAGCACUAACGGAGGAAUGUGACAGUGCCGAACAUUUUUUAAAAUUAGCUGUUCCACUCUCGGUGUUCUCAUCACACAUGCCCCUCUUUUGA